ACGGUUUGGUAAGGCGUGGGAAGCUCUUGCACAAAGCGCGGCUCCCAUCCCACUGAGGGUCAGGAAAAGUAUAAAAGAGCUCUUGGAAUUCUGCGGCACCAUCCACAGCUGCUCCUCGUGUCCACUUCUCCAGACCAGGUUGCUGUCCGUCCCAAAAAUGUCUUCAGGAGAGAUGGUGAGCAGCGGCUGCUCGUCCCCGUGCGAGGUGUCCUGUCCCCAGCCCUACGCGGACGCCUGGAGCCAGCCCUGCGUCACCUCCUGCGGGGACUCGCGGGCCGUGGUCUACCCUCCGCCUGUGGUCAUCACCUUCCCGGGGCCCAUCCUCAGCUCCUGCCCCCAGGAGAGCAUCGUGGGUACCUCCUUCCCGUUGGAGGCCAUGGGAUCUUCUGGAUCCGGGGGCGCCAUUGAGGGAUCCUAUGGAGGCGGCGGCUCCAUGGGGGGAUCAGGGGGUUCCUAUGGUGGCGGCAGCAGCUCCAUAGGGGGAAUUGGGGGUUCCUGUGGAGUGGGCAGCUUCAUAGGUGAAUUUGGGGGUUCCUAUGGAGGUGGCAGCUCCAUAGGGGGAAUUGGGGGUUCCUAUGGAGGCGGCCGCUCCUUUGGGGGCGGCUCCUAUGGAGGGGGCAGAUCCUUUGGCUCUGGAGGCUCCUAUGGAAGGAGCAGAUCCUUUGGCUCUGGAGGCUCCUAUGGGGGAGCCAGAUCCUUCGGCUCUGGAGGCUCCUAUGGAGGGGGCCAAUCCUUUGGGAACAGAAGAUCCUUCGGCUCCUCCAGUGGGGGCUUUGGGGGCCCCUCCAGCGGGGGCUUCGGGGGCUCCUCCAGUGGGGGCUUUGGGGGCUCCUCCAGCAGGAGCUUCGGGGGCUCCGCCAGCAGGGGCUUUGGGGGUUCGUCUGGCGGGGGUUUCGGGGGCUCCUCUGGUGGGGGCUUUGGGGGCCCCUCCAGCAGGAGCUUUGGGGCCCCCUCUGGCGGGGGCAGCUCUUUUGGGGGGGGCUCCUUUGGAGGGGGUUCCUAUGGAGGGGGCAGCUCCAGCUCCGGGAGGUUUGGAGGAGGAAACUGCACCUUUUAUUUCUGA